AAGAAAAGCAUCAGGAGAGGGGCACGCCUGCUCGUUGCUGGCCAGCUCGUUAUCGCAGCGUAUACAGGGUCCUGUUCGGGCGAUGGCAUCGAUAUCAGGACCCAGCUUUCCAAUCCAGCCUCCCCUCAUCCAAACCCCUCAAAGCGCAUUCACCGAGCGCGUGUACAAAAAGAGGCUAUCCCUCCCCUCCCCAGCACCCGUUUCUGUUUGCUUUACUACCAUUUCUUGUCUCCGCGGGAGCUCUUCCUCUCUGUACUUCUUUUCUCUCUUUUCUUACCCAAGAAACAACACCCCCUUUCCUAUUACUUCUCCUGCCUGCUAUGCGUGACGUCCAGCAGCCUCUUCUUUUUGAGACCUCAUGGGAGGUAGCCAACAAGGUCGGCGGCAUCUACACAGUCAUCAAGACCAAGGUGCCCGUGACGGUGCAAGAGUACGGCGACCGGUACCAUCUGACUGGGCCGUGGAACCGGUUCACUGCGCCGGUUGAGGUGGAGGAGAUCGAGCCGGACCAGCCAGCCAUCAAGCAGGCUAUCGAGUCGAUCCGGGCACAGGGCAUCCAGGUGCUGUAUGGACGCUGGCUGAUUGACGGUGCGCCCCGCGUGGUGCUGUUUGAUAUCGGGUCGGCUGCGUUCAAGCUCGACGAGUGGAAGGGAGACCUCUGGCGCGUGGCCGGCAUUCCGUCGCCGCCAAACGACACAGAGACCAACGAUGCGAUUCUGCUGGGCUACCUGAAUGCGUGGUUCCUGGCGAGGCACAAAGAGCAGGCUGCAGAAAAACCGGUCUGGCACCUGGAUUUGCUGCCUGAUAUUACCCGCCCUGUUGCUGACAACGUCGCAAAGAACGAUCAGGAACACGCCAUCAUCGCCCAGUUCCACGAGUGGCAGGCUGGUGUGGGCGCGGUGCUGUGCAACAAGCGCAAGAUUGACGUGGCCACGAUCUUCACCACCCACGCGACGCUGCUGGGGCGGUACCUGUGCGCAGGCAACGUCGACUUUUACAACAACCUCCGCCACUUCAACGUGGACGAGGAGGCCGGCAAGCGCGGAAUCUACCACCGGUACUGCAUUGAGCGGGCGGCGUCGCACUGCGUCGACGUGUUCACCACCGUGUCAAACAUCACGGCGUACGAGGCAGAAUACCUACUGAAGCGCAAGCCCGACGGUGUGCUACCGAACGGACUCAACGUGGUCAAGUUCUCUGCGAUGCACGAGUUCCAGAACCUGCACCAGGUGGCCAAGGAGAAGAUCAACCGGUUUGUGCGCGGCCACUUUUACGGGCACUACAACUUUGAUCUGGAGAACACGCUGUACUUCUUCACUGCGGGACGGUACGAGUACCGCAACAAGGGUAUUGACAUGUACAUUGAGUCCCUGGCGCGCCUCAACGCCCGACUGAAGGCGUGCAACUCGCCGGUGACUGUGGUGGCGUUUAUCAUCACGCCGGCCAAGGUCAACUCGUUCACGGUCGAGACGCUGAAGGGCCAGGCGCUGAUCAAGCAGCUGGAGGACACUGUCAACGAGGUGUCGGCACGGAUUGGGCGUCGGAUCUUUGAGAUGGCAGCCCGCGGCAAGGAGCCGCAGGCGGACGAUCUGCUGACGGAGCAGGACCGCAUCCUGCUGAAGAGGCGCGUGUUCUCGCUGAAGCGCGAUGCGCUGCCGCCAAUCGUCACGCACAAUGUGGCCGACGACUCGGAGGACCCGGUGCUGAGCCAGCUGCGGGCCGUGCAGCUGUUCAACAACGACGACGACCGCGUCAAGGUUGUGUUCCACCCCGAGUUCCUGAACGCCAACAACCCUGUGAUCGGGCUGGAUUACGAGGACUUUAUCCGCGGCACGCAUCUGGGUGUGUUCCCGUCGUACUACGAGCCGUGGGGCUACACGCCGGCCGAGUGCACAGUGAUGGGGGUGCCCUCGAUCACGACGAACCUGUCGGGCUUCGGGUGCUUCAUGGAGGACAACAUUGUCAACCCGCAGGACUACGGAAUUUACAUUGUGGACCGCCGCAUGAAGUCUGCCGACGAGUCGCAGGACCAGCUGGCGAGCCACAUGUUUGACUUCUGCCAAAAGUCGCGGCGGCAGCGCAUCAACCAGCGCAACCGCACGGAGCGGCUGUCGGACAUCCUGGACUGGAAGCGCAUGGGCAUCGAGUACAUGAAGGCACGGCAGUGCGCGCUGCGGCGGUGCUACCCGGAGUCCAAGAUCUCGCGGCCCCAGUCGAUCCCGGGCACGCCUAUCGAUGGCGCCGAUCUGGCCACGUACGAUCUGGCAGCCCUCAGCAUCACAGCUGAGCUGCCAGGCAUCAAGGACCAUGAUGAGGACAGCGAUCUGAGACCGCCCAUCCACCUGAAGAUGAAGACACCGCUGAUGACGCCCACGAUCCAGACGCCCUAAGGUCUUUCCUCUCGCUAAUUUUUCAUUUCUCUCCUAUUAAAACCAUGACUCGAAAG